AUGCCUAAAAAUUUGCAGCUUCACGAAAAUGCGGAGCCGAUCGAAAGAAAUAAUAAUGACAAGACCAAUCUUACACAAGUCUCAAAUCAGCAAGCCCACGUCGAUAAAACUAACAAGUUAUCGUCGAAUGCAAUGAUUUCGACAUUUUCCGAAAAAGAUCACAUUUGGGAGCAGCUACUUCCACCUGAUGACUAUAGUUGCAUGAUUUCCGGAUCGAAUGAGGAAAAUAAUUGUUUCGAUGAGGAAUUGAGCGCAUUAUUCCCAUGCUCAAGGUGUUCAUCGCCGAAUUCGUUGAUUCAAAGCAAAGAGUCUCAAAAAAAAGACAGCUAUAUGUUGAUGGGCAGCGUCGAGAAGCCCGGAGAACGCUUCGUGGACAACAUGGCUGAGUCCGAUGACGUGUUUUUUGGAUGA